CUGUAGGCAGCUAAGUUUUCUGAAAGCGCCUGCUAGCGAUAACUCAGUAGGUCUUAGUUGCUAAAUUCAAAAAUAUGUUACAAUAGAACCUAUGAAACGUGUAGCUCUGAUGAGAGAUUCGGUUCAUUGGAAAUAAUGAAAAGCCAACCGAAAGAAUCCAUCAUAGGCAGCAGCGAUGCGGCGGGGAUCCAUGGCCAGGGCAUAGGCUUUGUCCUGGCGGGGGAGGAUCAUCAGGAUCAUCAGGAGGAGCAGCAGCAACAGCAGCAGCAGCAGCAGCAACAGCAACAGCAGCAGCAACAGCAGCAGCAGGAUGUAGCCGAGGAGGAGCAGGAGUCAAAGGCGGCGACCAGCAAUGAAGCGUCCCAUGAUCACGACCAAAACCAAAAAGAUCAGCAUACCAAUCCAGAUCAGGAUGCGCCGAAGAAGCGCUGCGACAAGUGCGGCAAGAAGCUCGGCCUCACCGGCGGCUUCCCCUGCCGAUGCGGCGGCACCUAUUGCGGCACCCACCGGUACAGUGACCGCCAUGAGUGCAAGUUCGACUACCGCGAAAUGGGCGCCAACGAGAUCCGGCGCGACAAUCCCCUCGUCGUGGCCACCAAGCUGCCAAAGAUCUGAGCUUAUCAUUUUUGGGUCAAUUCCAGGGCCAAAACCCAACAGCUAAAUCGAAAACAAAAAGAAUAAAAGCAACUUAAGAACAU